CCUACCUUUGUUUCCAUCAUCCUUUAAACUCCCACUCUCCCACUUCCUCUCCCUCACACCACACCCUCUCUUUCUCUGAUAUCUUUAAUUGAUCAUGGAGUUUGUUCAUCUGUAACAUCUCCUUCUCAUCUUUUUUUUUUUUUCCUCUAAUUUUGAGCCAAAGAGUGAGUGUAUCUUUUCUCAACUCUUUCUCUUUUCUCUUUCUCUCUCUGAUGAUCAUCACUGAUUCACUCACAUCAUGACGUGAAAUCCAUCCCUGUUUAUAUAUGUCCUAAAAUCUAUAAUUAAUCUUCUCUUCUUCCUACCCAGCUUUCUCCUUUGCUUUAUCUGACAUACUAUAAGAUCUAGUAAUAUUUUAGGGUUUCAGCUCAUUCUCAAACCUCUUCAACACCUCCCACAUGCUUACCUUUCCCUAAACUUCAGCACUCAAAACUCUAUUAUACCAUCUCUUCUCUUCCUUUCUUAAUCUUCUUUCUUCUUCUAUAUAUUUUUAUAUAUAGAAAAGAAAGAGAAAAAUCAAAGUAGAACUAGUAUAGUAAUUAACAUAUAUAGCUUAUGCUUUGCUCUUUCUCUUUCUCUCUCUCUUCUUAGUUUACAAAGCUCCAAGAAUCAAGGAAGUAAAACAUUAAACAAGCAAGCAAGCAAGCAAAACAUCUAUCUAUCUAUCUAUCUAUCUAUCUAUCUAUCAAUCCAUGGAGAUAGGAACAAGCCCAGGGAGUCCAAUAUGUGAUGGAACAAAGAGUACUACAAGCCCUCACACUUCACCAUCAUCAUCAACUUCAAACUCUGCCUCACCGAGUCGCUAUGAAUCCCAGAAACGUAGAGACUGGAACACUUUCGGUCAAUAUCUCAAGAACCACAGGCCACCACUUUCACUCUCCCGUUGCAGUGGUGCUCAUGUUCUUGAAUUCCUCCGUUAUCUUGAUCAGUUCGGCAAAACUAAAGUUCACACUCAGAUGUGCCCUUUCUUUGGCCACCCCAACCCACCAGCUCCUUGUCCUUGCCCUUUGAAACAAGCUUGGGGAAGUCUUGAUGCUCUCAUCGGCCGUCUCCGUGCUGCUUAUGAAGAGAAUGGUGGUAAGCCUGAUUCUAAUCCUUUUGGUGCUCGAGCUGUUAGGCUUUAUCUUCGAGAAGUCCGGGAGAUGCAAGCCAAGGCUCGUGGCAUUAGUUAUGAGAAGAAGAAGCGCAAGAAGCCUCAAUUGCUUCCUUCUCAUCCUUCAUCUAGUUCAACUUGAGUGUGGUGAGCUCAUAUAUCCUCAUGAAGCUAGUUGUGAAUGAAAUGGAGGUGAUCAUCAAGCUUGCUUAGCUUGAUGAAUUGUUAUUAGUAGUAUAUUAUAGUAAGAAAUGAAUGUGUGUGGGGACAUGAAGUGGUGAUGGUGGUGGUGGUGGUGGCUACUUGUGGUAUGGAUUUUGGUGUGAGUGUGAGUGUGAGUGUGACUGUGUGAGAGUUCAAGUGUUGCAGAGUGUGUACUUGAGAUCUUAUCUAUAUAGCAAUUGUGUUGUUGAUUUGCAACAUCACAUGUCAAGUCCACUCUUUUGUCUUCUGUUCUUCUUCCUCAUGUGUUUGUGUCUCAGAUUUUCUAGUCAACAUGUUUUCUCUGGUUAAUUAAUUAUAUAUAUCAAGAGUA